CCCCCCCCCCCCCCAGCCCUCUGACGCGAAGCAGCAGAGAUUGGUGGGCUGGUUGGCGGCGGGGGCGGGGGGGGAGCGGUCUGCGUGUGGAGAACUAGGAGAGAGAGGAAGACUGCUGUCUUCUGGGCAGUUCGACCGGCUGAAUGGCGACCUGUUCCGCCUGGGAAGCCCUCGUCGGGAAACGGCGCUCCUAGCCGGUCCCUCCCCACGGCCUUCCGGAGCCCCCUCCCCUUCCUCCGUUGCCCGGGCUGAGGUGGCCCCACCAUGGCAGGUGCCAGCUGCUGCGUGUGGAGCCAGCUCGUGGACGGCGUCUCGGCCGGGCUGGGCCAACUGCGCCAGUUUUGGGCGGAUCACUUCUCCCGCCGUCGCUUCUCCCCACGGAGGCCACCCUUGCGCCGGAUCUCCUUCAUGUCCACCUUCUACCUGCUGGACCACCGGACCCGCCAAGCGGAGCUCGGCCUGGGCUACGGCCCGCCCCGGGCCCGGCUCAGCAGGCACGCGCUCGUCUUCCUGGAGGGCCGAUGGGUGAGCGAGGACGACGCGGCCCGCUCCCCGCCCUGGGCUCCCGCCGCCGGCAGGUCCCCGGCCAGGCCGGCCAAGGUCCAGGCGCUGUCGGAGGAGAACAACUACCUGAAGCUGCAGCAGGAGUUGCUGAUGGACAUGCUGACCGAGGCCACGGCCCGCCUGCAAGCGCUGGAGAAGAAACCCAGCGGAGACCCCGACUCGGCCUGGCGAGCCUGCCCCAAGAACAAAGGGGAUGGGAGGCUGAAGGGGGACGCCCCGGCCGACCCGCGGAGAUAACCGUGGUCCGGCCGAAGACAGCUCUGCGCCCGCCCCCUCCUUGCCUCCCUGCUGCCUUAAUAAAAGGGAGAUUGAGCUGCGCCUCGGCCUCUUUCCGCCAGGCGUGGCUUUCGUCGUAGCUCACAGCUGU